AUGCCGAGCGUAUUACAUGACGUUUCAACUCCUUUCCGAAAAGCAACAUUUGGAAUGGGCUGCUUCUGGGCCGGCGACGCGUUAUUUGGAGCCCAACCCGGGGUUUUGAGGACUCGUGUGGGUUACUCCGGAGGUACUACUAUAGACCCAGUCUAUAAGAAAAUGGGAGAUCACACUGAGGUAGUAGAAAUAGACUUUGAUCCAAAGGUGAUAAGUUAUGACGACCUACUAGAACUAUUUUGGAAUAACCACGAAUAUGGAUUGACAACUAUUAUCAAAAGACAGUACAUGUCCCUGAUUUUAUAUCACAAUGAGGAUCAAAAAAGGAUCGCAGAAAUUUCCAUGAAGAAACUAGCCCAUAAAAGGAACGAGAAAUUAAUUACAGAAAUUGCACCGGCUGGUCCCUUCUACCCUGCCGAAGACUACCAUCAGAAAUACCGGUUGCAAGAGCACUCCUGGCUCUGCGAGGAACUAGGCCUAACUCCAGCCCUGUUACAAACUUCACACGUGGCAACUCGAUUGAAUGGUUAUAUAGUGGGUGUUGGAAAACAACAGGACUUCGAAAAAGACGUUGUUACGCUAGGACUCUCUGAAAAAGUGGCCAAAUAUGUCAGAUCUCACUUGUUGGAAAACGAGGGCGGGAAUCUCUACUGCUAAGCGACUUCUAAAAGAUUGCUGUAUUUGUCAGCUCACUGUCUCAGUAUUCUAGGAAUAAAUUGUAUACGUAAAAUCUCACACCAAGUUUGCAAAUGGUCACCACGAAGCACUGAAAAUUAUAGAACUUUUAUUUGACCAAACUAUAAAGAAACUGUUUUGAUCCAAAAUUAAUAGAAGGAUUUUGGUGACAGACCUUUCAAAAAAAUUACCACUUUUGGACGCCAAGCAAGAAAGCAUUACAAUACGCAAUAGUAAUUUUAAACACAGGCAAAAUAAAUCGGCACAUGAUCUGAAAUGAUUAUUAAUAUUUGUUUCGUCUCAACUUGGUCUGAGAGUAGAUUUACUCGUCGAUGUUAUAUUUUUGUAUAGAAAAUAAUUUUCAUAGUGAUAAAAUGAGCACUUUUGGACCAGCUUAAAUAUAAUAAGUGUACUGGUUCUGGGGAUGUAAUGCAAGGGGGUAUAUUGAAUAAACUUUGUUCAUUUUGA